CCAAGAGAGAGAGAGAGGAGACAGCAGAGGAGACAGCCAUGGCGGAGCACAAGGAGGAGUCGGUCAUGGACAAGAUCUCCGAGAAGUUCCACGGCUCCUCGUCGUCGUCGGACUCGGACGGCGAGGGCAAGUCCUCGGCCGCCGCCGCCGUCAAGGCCAAGAUCUACCGCCUCUUCGGCCGCGAGAAGCCCGUCCACUCCGUCCUCGGCGGCGGCAAGCCUGCCGAUCUCUUCCUGUGGAGGAACAAGAAGAUCUCGGGCGGGGUGCUCGCGGGCGCCACCUCCAUCUGGCUGCUCUUCGAGGUCCUGGAGUACCACCUCCUCACCCUCUUCUGCCACUGCCUCAUCCUCACCCUCGGCACACUCUUCCUCUGGUCCAACGCAUCUGCGUUCAUCAACAAGGCCCCUCCUAACAUUCCCGAGGUAAAGAUCACAGAGGACCUGGCUGUCAAUGUUGCCCGCUCGCUGAGAUAUGAGAUCAACAGGGGCUUCGCUAGCUUGAGGGCGAUUGGUCAAGGCCGUGACCUAAAGAAAUUCCUGAUUGUCAUUGCAGGUCUGUGGAUUCUCUCUGCUCUUGGGAGCUGCUGCAAUUUCCUGACCUUGUUCUACAUAGUCUUCAUGGUGCUCUACACUGUGCCGGUUCUGUACGAGAAGUACGAGGACAAGAUCGAUGCUUUUGGAGAGAAGGCCAUGGUCGAACUGAAGAAGUACUACGCCAUCUUCGACGAGAAGUGCCUGUCUAAGAUUCCCAAGGGUCCGUCGAAAGACAAGAAGCAUUAGAGCGGUGGAUAGACUAUCUGGGCAGAUUUAUCUUCUCUGUUGACCACUACUCGUCGGUUUUCAAGGAUGGUUGUGAUUCCAUAUCUGUAGUUGAUAGUAGAUACCUGUUUGGUCAAAUCCUGGCACGGUCAGUAGUCGACUAGUUGUGACGUGCCUGCUUCUACGAACUUAUGUUAUGCCAGCUUUUGCUCUGUAACCUAUCUUGGGAAUGGUUUAAGGUAGCAACCUCAAUUGCAACUUGUCGGUGUUAGAAUGCUAUUAUCAGUGGGAGUCAUGUUAGUGGUGUGUGGAGACUUGCUAUAAUGUGGUUCUUUGGUGCUAGAUAUGGAUGUACCCCUGGGGUUUAAAUCA